ACACUAUCCACUAUUUGCAACUCGCUGCUAUUGCCGUUUAUAAGCGCUCUUCAAAUAUACAAGCAUUCCCAGAAAGGCGAAUCCGAGAGCGCGACCUGACGACAAAAACAGGUGUUGAAUUUGUCCGUGUAAUUUUCCAAAACAAAGAAAUAUGUAUGCUGCAACAAGAGAACGAUGUAAUCGUCCAACGUCCAACGUGUUAACUGUAACCUAUGAAUUAUUUUUCGAAUUUUGUACGUCUAUAUAUGUUUUGUUUGGAAGAAUAAAUUAUUUUUAUUCAUACAUAGCGUAUUUUAAUUUAAAUUCAGAAUAACACACACAUAUUAAAUUUUGCUGCAUCAUGUGAACAAGAAAUUGUGGAAUUUAAAAGAUCUGACAUAGUCAACAUGAACAUUCAUAAUAGCAAAAGCGGAAUUUUUGAAUCAUCUUUAAAGGCUCAAUCUGAAAUGCAAUCAUGCAAAUUAAACGAAUCGGAAAGCAAACCAAAUAUCACAUUAAAAAGUAUUAUCACGUUAAUAUAAAUCGAAUUUUUCUUAUUUAUAUCAAUAUUAUUUUAUACAGUUAUGUUAUAUAUAUAUUAGCUUCGAAAUUUCAAAAUCGUCAACAAUUUUCGGUUUUUCGAAAGUAUUUUAACAACAUUAAAAAUAUUUUAAUGUUGUUAAUAUCGUUAUAUGUUGAAGAAUAUUUUGAUGUUAUAUUUUAAUGAACAUUAUUGCCAUAUUUAGAAAUGGGGCAAGAAUUGGAUAAAGCGGAGACAAAAUGUUCUACAUUAAAGUCCAAAUUAAAUUAUGUGAUGGGAGUUUGUCAGAAAGUCAAAUCGGAAAUGAAAGGCAAAGAAAAAUCUGAUAUUUCGCUAAAGCCAAUAAAAUCAUCAUCUGAAAACCCAAGCUUAAAAUUUUCAAUCGAACAUAACGAUUAUAAUAGCGAAAUUAUGGCAACAAAUAAAAUCCCAAAUUAUAAUUUUCAAAAAAUUUAUAACAUUGAACACAAGACUGAAUAUUUUGGUAUAAAAGAUUUUGAUAUAAAAUAUUUUGGUAUAAAAGAUUUUGGUACAAAAUAAUUUUUUCGUUAAAAUCAUUCAAGUUAUCUAAAUAUCUAUAUUCUUGUAGAUACCUUACGUUUAAAUUCGAUAUCUGCCCAAUCGUCACCUAGAGGAAUUGUCGGCAAUGGCGAUAUUACCGAGGAAUCUAAAAGCUUGAAGCAACAAAAGCAAAAUGAAUUAUUAAAUGUUACAAUUAUACCGAAGACUCAAGUAGAUAAGAAACUUCCUAUCGCGAUGACAACGAUGCCAGUCCAGAAUGAAACCCUGAAAGUAGGCGUACACGAUUACGCGUAUAUAUUAUAAAUCAUACACACAUAAUAUAUAUAUAUGUAUAUGAUUGUUAUAAAAAUUCUCGAAAUAUGAAUAGGCGAGUAGAGAAUACGAAGAUCCGCAGUCUUAUUUACCGGAAUACAUGCGGGAACAUUUGCAAUCAAUGCUGGGCGUAAAAGAUUCUGUCGAAAUACUGACAUCGAAAGCGAAUGAGGAGAAUUAUUUCCGCGAAUUAAUUCCACCGAAUUCUGCAAAAAGAGAUAUUAGAGAUGCGGAAUUGAAUUUGAACAUUCCGGAUACCGCGAAAAUUAGACGAGCGGAGAAAAGUAAACGUGCUUCGAAAAUAGAGAGAAGCGAAUCAAAUUCCAUUUAUAAUAAAGCGGGUGAUACAUUAUCUAAAAUGCGAAAGAAGAAAGGAAGAUUACGAAGUUCCGUUUCCAAGAGCACAGUUGCUACUAAAGAUACAAGUCUCAUCGGUAGAAAAGAAGCAAAGAAGCGCAGACAUAGAGGUAGAAUCGAAUUUGCGUGAUUUCUAUUCAAACAUUGUAUUUUAUAAUCAUCAUAUUAAGAAUAGAUUCUACAUCGAAUGUUGUUUAAAAAAUAUUUAACGCAGGCCGUAGCGUUAUUCAUCAACAGUCUAAUCCCCCAAAGAAUCCAAAAAAGUCCGCCGACGUCCUGGAAAUUUUUCAUAAUACUACAAUAAAGAGUAGUAAUUCUGGAAUAUCUAGUAAGCAUUAUAAAUUUGGUAAACAAACAAAGUGUGUAAAAAGACAUCCUACUGAAACUGCUAAUCAAAGGAUCCAAGAAACAUUAUAUCCUGAACAUGCUAUUGAUGAAUCAAUUCAAAUAAAUAAAAAUGAUCAAUUCAAUAAUAAGGAGAACGAACAGCCUAAUCAGUGUCCCCAGUCACCGAGUUUUCAAUGCAAUUCGGGGUAAUUUUUUAAAACCGUUAUAAUAAUAAUCAUAUCAUUAUUAUAUUAUAUGCAUAAUUAUUUUGAACAAUUAGUAAAUAUAAAAUUUAUUUUUUCAUCAUGCAAAUUUAUUUCUUCUACAGAGCGACUCCCGAGAAGAUUCAAAAAUAUGAUAAAUCCGAAAAGCAUUCCGAAGAUUUCUAUCCAUCGGCGCAUCAAAGCGCAUACAAAACGCAUCAAAGCGAGCAUAAUACUUUUAACAGAUGCAACGAUCCGAUGUUUACUCCUAGUUACGAGAUGCCGACUUUGGCAUCGAGAUUGAAGCGUUCGAACAAAUCGUACUUCAGCAGAUUUAACUUCCGAAAUAUACCGUUCGUAGUAGGAACUUCGGUAACACCCAGCCACAAUCUCGGAUUGAACAUUCAACAAGUAUUGAGCGUAAUGAAAACAAGACAGCCGAUUGCGAACGAUAUAUCUCCGUUAUUGAUUCAUAAAGUCAGUACAGGCAUGAAAUCGAUGUCGAUUCUUCUGGAACAGAGAAAUAGUCAUUCGGAAAGAUUGGCUCUCAAUAUAAGCUCGCACCUGCCUGAGACAUUUAACAACGGCGAGAACUCAAAUAUCGAUCGAUAUAAAAAAUUAUCUGUAUUUGAUUUACAACACGUAGAAACUCGUACGUCAAAUGUAUCUGACAAUGCAAAAAUGAUUCCUGAAAAAGAUAAUAUCAUUAAACAAUUUAAUACAGAAAAGAUUGAUUCUUAUGAUCAUAAGAUUAAGCAACAAUCUUCUACUGUCGUAAAUCAAAGCAAUACGCUAGCAAAUGUGAGAAAUCAGCAAAGAGUUUCAAAAAUAUCGUCAAAUAAGGAGACUAGCAUUGGCGAUUAUAAAAUGCGUACAAUUACUGGCGCACACAAUGUCAAGGAAAUACGUGAUAUUUUAAUUAAUCUACACGAUCAAUUUGAAGAAAUGAACACCAAAUAUGAGAAAUUGCAAUCAAAAAUGGAAAAGUCCAAAGAUAAAUCUUUAGCAAAAGAAUUGUCCGCUAUGGAAAAAGAACUUAAUAUCAAGGAGGAAGAAAUCAACGCCGUUAUCGGUCUUUACAAAGAAGUAAUGAUGCUGAAGCAGCAAAUGAAAAUGUUGCACGAGAAAAACAGUCUCGUUUGCAUUACGACCGAAUCAGGCAAGGGUUUCCAUAAGAAUCCUUUUCCCAUAUCGAUUUUACCUGGAAAGUCUCAUUCGAUGAAUCCGACACAGAUAUUCGGUCGACGAAAAUUUAAUGCAACACGAGAGCCGCCCACUUCUAUGCAACUGGCUGCAUUAUUACGGCAAAUUCAAACCUUUCAUAAGCAAAUGCAACUCGUAUUAUAACGCUACAUAGAGUUACGGUAAUGUGAAAAAAAUGCGUAUUUAUGGGCUACUCUUCGUACAGUUUCGCAAGGAACGAUUUUUAAGG